AUGACUGUUGCAGAAUAUCAGAUGAGAUUCAUUGAACUUUCAAAGUAUGCUCAAGUUUUUGUUAGCAAUGAAAUUGAUAAAUGUAGGUGCUUUGAAAAUGGGUUAAGAGAAGAGAUUAGGUCAGCAAUAACAGCCGCAAAUCGCCACAAAAGAAUAGUAGAGAAUUUCGACUUGGCUCUACGCGAUAACCAGUUGUAUGAUAAAUUCAAUAAAUAUGAAUUUUGGUUAGAUAGAGUGGUACUUUUGGAACAUGCUAUAUCAUCGAGAGAAUUUAUGUUAACCAGUAGAAAACUGAAGCAGUGUGAUGCUUCACGUCAAGGUCUUGGUUGUGUUUUGAUGCAGAAUGUGAAGGUUACAUCAUAUGCUUCUAGACAAUUGAACAAACAUGAACUAAGUUAUCCUACACAUGACUUAGAACCACUUGCAGCCAUUUUAGCAUUGAAGAUUUAG